UCAUAUCAAAUAUUAAUGAUUUAAAAUAAUUUAACAAACUUUAAUAAAUCAACAAUAUGUAUGAAAAAGCACAUUAAUGCUGCAGGGUAACCCAUAAUGUAAUCUGAUACAGUGACAUAAUCCAAGAAUCACAAUAUUAAAGUAACUUGAUUACUUUGUUACUUUUGGAUCCCCUCAUCACCAAAUAUGUAAAUAAAGAGAAAAUAUCAAUAUUGAUGAAUUCUAUAAAACAGAACCAUGUGUCCUCCUGAUCAUCUCUACUUUUACUAAAUUGUUGUUCUGUAACUGUAAUGGAUUACAGUUAUCUUUUUCAGUAUUCAUCCAAACUCAUUUCACUGAACUCUGCUGAAAAACUCAAUUUAAUUCAAUUCAGUUUUAUUUGUAUAGCGCCAAUUCAUAACAGAAGUUAUCUCAGGACACUUUUCAAAUAGAGCAGGUCUAGACCGAACUCUUUAACAUUAAUUACAGAGACCCAACAGUACCACCAUGAGCAAGACCUUGGAGACAAGGGCAAGGAAAAACUGCCUGUUAAAAGGCAGAAACCUAGGACAGAUCCUCCAGCUCUAGGUGGGUGGUCGUCUGUCUCGACCAGUUGGGGUGAGAGAGACAGACAGACAGACAGACAGACAGGUGCACAGCAACAACAGUAUUGGCAAUGGCAAUCAAGCAGGACCAUGGCAGGAGGCUCCACCAGGAUCCAUGAGAACCUGCGAGACGAGAAAGCACAAGAACUCCGGGGAAGAAGUGAAGUUAGUAACAUGCAUUAAAGGGACAUGAAUGAGUGCAGAAAGAGAGAGGAAGAGAGGAGCUCAGUGCACCAUGGGAAAUCCCCCGAUAGUCUAGGCCUAUAGCAGCAUAACUAAGGGAUGGUUCAGGACUCACCUGAUCCAGCCCUAACUAUAAGCUUUAUCAAAGAGGAAUGUCUUAAGCCUACUCUUGAAUGUGGUUAGGGUGUCUGCCUCCCGAACCACAACUGGAAGCUGGUUCCACAGGAGAGGAGCUUGGUAACUGAAGGCUCUGGCUCCUGUUCUACUUUUAGAGACUAUAGGAACCACAAGUAGCCCAGCAUUCAGAGAACGUAGUGUUCUAGAGGGGUAAUAGGGUACUAUGAGCUCUUUAAGAUAUGAAGGGGCCUGACCAUGAAGAGCUUUAUAGGUGAGGAGGAGGAUUUUAAAUUCUAUUCUACAUUUUACAGGGAGCCAAUGCAGAGAAGCUAGUACAGGAGAGAUGUGAUCUCUUUUUCUAGUUCCUGUCAGUACUCGUGCUGCAGCGUUCUGAAUAUUUGAGUUCAGGACCUGAAUUCUUCCUGUGUGAGUUCAUUGUGUGUUUAUAUCAGGCAUCCAAACACUUUAAUGUCCUUCAGUCUGUGAAACAUUAAUCAUCUGACUGUGUUUACGUUCCUGCAGCUUUAUAGAUCCAGAUCUGAUCCAGAUCCAGAUCCAGGUCAGAUCUCUGCUGGACUCAACGAGCACUGUGAGAGUGUCUCUUAUUCCACUAUUUUUCAGAAUUUGUACAAAGCAAACAAAAAAUGGAUCAAUGGAUCAAUAAUAAUUAAAUCUAAAAUAAUCGUUAAUGGUUCAAAAUGAGCUCGACCAACUAAACAAUAAAAUCCUGCUUUUACGUGAAUGAGUUAGAAUAGUCCAACAUCAUAUAUAAUAAUACAGUUUAAUACUUUAACUACAGUUUAUGGUUUAUACCCACUGACAACAUCUUAUCUUAUUCCUUUUUAUUUUAUUUUAUCUUAUUUUACUGCUCGUGAAUUAUUUCAAUACUUAGACGAUUUUUUACUGUUUGGUAUUUAAUUGUCUAUCCAAUGCAGAUAAACAAUCAGGUUUAUGGGGGUUAUGGUUGAGGUUUUAUUGGUCUCAGUUGAUCAGGACUCAUUACGUCCCACAUGGACCAGGUUCUGGUCUGAGGAGGAUCAGCAGCUGACGUCUGUGAGGAGACUUUCAGGCGGAGCGUUGUCCUCUAAUGAGGACUGAUGAGGGAUUCCUCCACCACUUAUAAACCGCUGCUGCUGCUGGAGGAGGACACAGACUGCAGGACCAGUAUCAACAGGACCAGUAUCAACAGGACCAGUAUCAGCAGGACCAGUAUCAGUAUCAGCAGGACCAGUAUCAGCAGGACCAGUAUCAGUAUCAGCAGGACCAGUAUCAGUAUCAGCAGGACCAGGACCAGUAUCAACAGGACCAGUAUCAGGAUCAACAGGACCAGUAUCAGGAUCAACAGGACCAGUAUCAGUAUCAACAGGACCAGGACCAGUAUCAACAGGACCAGUAUCUGCAGAAACAUGGGACGAGCACCCGAGCUCGACCUCAACACCUCCGUCUGGCCCCGCCCCUGCAUUAACGCCUCCUGUCAGCCUCCAAUCAGAGCAGAGUGUCCGUACAGCGUGGCUCGGUUGAUCCUCAUCGCCAUGGUAACCACCUCCCUCAGCGCCGUCACUGUCAUUGGCAACACGCUGGUGAUCCUGUCCAUCAAGGUAAACCGUCACCUGCGGACCGUCAACAACUACUUCCUGUUGAGCCUGGCGGUGGCCGACCUGAUCAUCGGCCUGGUCUCCAUGAACCUGUACGCACUCUACCUGCUGUGGGGCCACUGGCCCCUGGGGGCCACCGUCUGCGACAUGUGGCUGGUUAUGGACCACGUGGUGAGCAACGCCUCCGUCAUGAACCUGCUGAUCAUCAGUCUGGAUCGGUACCUCUGUAUGACCCGGCCGCUCAGCUACCCGGCGUGGCGGUCAGGCAGGACGGCCGGUCUGAUGAUUGGAGCCGCCUGGCUGCUGUCCUUCGUCCUCUGGGCCCCCGCCAUCCUCAGCUGGCAGACCGUCGAUGGCAGACGAGUCAUCGUUGAUGGAGAGUGUUACAUCCAGCUCCUCGCCAGCCCCGCUGUCACUUUGGGGACGACACUUCUGUCUUUUUACCUGCCAGCGCUCGUCAUGAUUAUUCUGUACAGCCGCCUGUCUGCCGCCAGCCGCAGUCGACUGGGAGCACUCCGGUUGGAGCGAGGCACGCUCAGAACAUCCAGUCCGUCUGUGAAAGACUUCCUCUUGAAGCGCCGGAGCUGGGUCACCAGUGAACUUGGCUCAGACGUGUCUCUGAACCAAUCAGACUCCAGCACUCCGAAGCCCAGAAGGAACCAGAAAGUGUCCAGAAGUCCUGGUGACACGUCAGAGCCGACAGACGGACUGGACGUCCUGAGCGUGCCUCGCUCUGACCGGAGCGCGCUCAGUCAGUCAGACGUCAGUCCAUCUGCCCCGCAGUGUCACCCUCGGACCGCCGCCAACCACCCCAGAGACGAAGACUACAACAAGAUUGAAACGGACUCCUCGUCCAACGCCAACCUCCACAGGAUGGCCUCUGCGGCUUUCUCCGGUCCAAGCUUCAGAUCCCAGGAGAGACAGCGACGUCGAGUGAUGGCAAGGGAGUGGAGGGUCACCAAGACCAUCCUGGCCAUCCUCCUGGCCUUCAUCCUGACCUGGAUGCCGUACAACAUCAUGGCUGUCAUCGCCACCUUCUGUCACGUCUGCAUUCCCAGCGCCCUGUGGACCACCGGAUACUGGCUCUGCUACAUCAACAGCGCCAUCAACCCCGGCUGCUACGCUCUGUGUAACGUCACCUUCAGGAAGACCCUCUGCAGCCUCCUGUGCUGCCGCGGCAGGAAGCUGCGGUGAGACUGUCCUGGUGUCCAGCAGGUGGAGGAGGACUCAGUGUUCUCCAACAAGACUCUGCGAUCACUCAGUGAUACUAAACUUCAGAUUCAGUUUAAAGUCUACAUGAAACAGGAAGCAGAGGCAGAACUUCCAUCACGUUGUUACACUUAAAAUUACCCAGAAAAACCACAACGUCCGUUUUUACAUCAACAUCAAACAUCUGGCAGAGUUUGUACUUUCAAAGGAGGUUUAUUUUCAUUCUCCUAACUUCAGACGAUGUAAUUCUAAUGUUACUGUUUGUAUUUUUAUGCUAACAUUACUGUAAACGUUACUUGUAUUGCUUUUAACUCGGGCUGUCGUCGAUGUUUUGGGACACUGUCCACCUGUAGCACUAACUGUGUGUAGUCUGUUAGCGCUAUCACUGCUGCUAGCUGCUGUUUCUGUAUGAUGUUAGCUAGCCAGGACAGGUGUCUAUCAAAGGUUGGCUGAGUCAGAGAAUGUCUAAUAAGGAGAACUUCCACUCUCAGUAAACUUCCGGGUUCUGAACUGUUGCAGUUCCACUCUGGUUCCAUGUGAGGGCGCUCACAGGAUGAGAGCAGAAUGAAUGGAGCUCUAUGGAGCUAUACCCUCACAGUCCUCUUCUCUCAGGAUAUCAUUGUUUGUCUAGUAAUUUGAAUGUUGCAUUCAAAAGGGGACGCAAAGAAAUUACACAUUGCUGGGUGUUAGAUUUUUUGGAGUCACUUAUAGUCCAUGAGCCAGGGGGGUUGAUCGGUAUCAUCGGGGGGACAAAUGCUAUCAUGGUUUUUUGGCAAGGUAUACAGCCCUAGUACUAGAAAAAUCACGAUAGCAGUGCAGGGGUGGUAGCGAAAUCACUUUUUUCAGCUCAUGAAGUUACUAACCCCCUAAGAUAAAUUCCGUUUUUGAAAUCUGGUGUAUAUCUGGUUUAGGCUCAUGGUAGGGAUAUUGUCAAUAUUCUAUAAUAUGGUGCUUGGUAUCGUUGGAAAGGGGACCUUUUAGGCUUUCAUUUAAGCCCAGUACUGAAUCUGUCUGACAAACACAGAGGUCACAUGACUUCUUUAAACCAGAAAUAACACACAUUUUCUCACAAUUUCCGCCUAAACUGUAUGCUUUCUUUUAUCCCUGGGGCAUGAAGGAACAUCAAGGACACAAAACUCAACAACUUCAAUACUCAAGGCACUCUGAUGAUUCAGAAAAUGUAUAAUAUACCCAUACUAUUUAUUUGUGAGAGCCUUAAAUUAGACUUGUGCAGCCAGCACAAGUCUUCAGGCGAGUAGAUCCAGGAGAGCUUCAGGUGCUGGCCGGCCUUCCAUCCAGUGCAGCACCAACUGUUCACCUUCCUCCUCUGUCUCCAUCUUCCAUCCUCUGCCAACAGGGCUUGGCACUUGUGGGUCCGUUUCUAAACAUCUUCUCCAAAUACCAGCCUGAUAGUUAGCUCGCAGUGUGUGUUGCCUCCAGUGUUGGGCAAGUUACUUUUAAAAAGUAAUUAGUUACAGUUACUAGUUACUUCUUGCAAAAAGUAACUAAAUUAGUUACUCAGUUACAAAUUAUAAAAGUAACUAGUUACUUUAGAAAGUAACUAUUGCGUUACUUUCAAGUAAAUUUUUAAAUGCUCAAAUGUGACCCCACCUCCACCCCUCUUUAACGGAACUUAAAAUACAUGUGCAUGUUCAAUUAUUUAUGAUAAAUCUGAAUAUUAUAAUGAAAUGGACACUUAAUACAAUCCAUUAUUAACAGAAACAAUGUACACAAAUCUAAACUAUUUUAUUGUUGCUGUGGGACAAAGUGAGACUAGCCUCCAAUCAAAUGCCAUGUAUGUAGAUAUUAUGUCUAUAUAUCGGAUUGAUACAAAUAACACAAUAGAUGUUUUGGAACUUUUGAUAUUUAUUGCCCCUCAAAAAUUAUGCUAGUUAAGCACUAUACCAAAUAUAAAUAACAAAUAUAUACACUCUUUGUAGUGCAAAUAAAACAAAAAAAAACUUCAGACAAUUGGUAGAUAUACUGUACUUCAAGUAUUUUCUUCCUCGAAAAAGUAGAACAGUGUAACAAUAUGAGGUGCUUUCAAUCUAACAUAAUAAUAAUAAUAGCAUAAUGUGCAUUUCAAGAUUACAUUUGUUCCUUUCAUUUCUUGGAGGGAAAAGUAAUGGCUAUACUUCCAUUUAGAGAAGGCUAUUUUUGGAUUAUUUGGGCUCGCCAUACCUGUCUCUUGUUGACUGACUUGAUUGUGUUGUUCGUUGUGUUGUCCGACUAUGCGUGCUUUCGAACACCCGCCCAACUCUACCUCUGAUUGGCUUACCAUGAAAUUUUACUCAACCUCAGCCAAUCGUCAGCAUUUAUGCGCUUGUCUCGUGCACUGCCCACUAACCAAGGAAGAACUGUAAAAAAAGUCUUUGCCUCUCGGCUCAGAGUUCUAGUUGGUCUGAUGAAAAAACACCUCCUCACUGUCUUGAUAUGUGAUUCUGUAACAUUUGUCAAUCACAGUUGCAUAAAGAAUCUUCUCCUGUAGCUUUUCUCUGUAUUCUGGCUUCCUCCAUUCAUUCACUAUGAAGCUAAUGAGACUAGUUUUGUUAUUGACUUUGGUCAGGAAGCUCCUCCACUGCCUCACCAUCUGUGUGCUUGUGAUAUCCUGCAACUCAUGACCAGUCUCUUCACCCCGUAGAGAUCUUUCACUAUUCUUGAUUGAGUUCUGCUUGUAUGUGUCGAACACAACAUCUAUUCUUCUACUCUGACUGCCUUCCCUCAGAGCCAUACCCAGGAUUGUUGUGGCAACAUCUCUGAAAGUAACUUCAUCACCUUUCACUCGUUGGACAUCCCAUCAACCACUGUGGCAGAGUUUUCUGGGUGUUUCUCCUGUAGUGCUACAUUUUUCUGCAAGGCUGUGGCCAAAGUAGCAUUGUUUGUUUUUCUCAGUGUGAAUAAAACAAAUAAACAAAGCUCUCCCUGUCAAUACACGGGAUAGAAAGAGUUUUUGUUUUGCUGUUUUAAACCCCACGCCGAAAUAUCUAUGUCCCGCUUCGGAUGCCACGAUGCCAUCAAGCGGGAUCUCUGGUCGUAAUCAGUCCUUCACUGACCAAUCAGCGUUCAUUAGCAGAAUGCUAGCGCGUUAUGGGCAACAACAACUCGUCCUGUAAGAAAUCUAAAGGACAUCAGAACUCGUUCAUUCAGCUUUCGACCUAUAACCCAUGUUGAACUUUAAAAACUACAAUCACAUCUGAGAUCUCUCAACCACAAUCAGCUCCAUCUGCUCCCAUUCAUUCUGCACUGCUGGGAGAGCGCCCCCAGUGGACCUCUGCUGGAACUGCAACCAGUAUUCAGUACAAUGGGACUUAAUAGAGAGAGGCCAGGCUCUCGGUGCACGGGCUCUGGUUGAGUGCUGCAAGCUAACCCUCUAAACUGUAAUUUAACUGGUUUCCAGCUUAUUCCUGAACACUGAAAAUGUCUGUAAAGCCGUCAUGACAAUGCAGCGAUGUGUUUUCUAAAAACAUCAUUAAAAAACAAAUUGACUGUUAGCUAAAUGCUAACUCAUUUCAGGGUUUUAGGACUCUAUGUGGACAAUAAAGAUAUAGAAAAUAAUAUGGACACAGGUCUGGAUCCACAUGUCAACAAAUGCUGUCAUACUAAAAGCUAACAUGCUAGAACCAUGCUAACGUGGUCAGUCUGAAUAUGUGGUGGUUAGCGUACAUGUAAAUAUGGUUUUGUGUGUUAUUAUCACGUGAUUGUGUUAACAUUAAUGAACAGACCAAACUCUUCACCAAAACAAUGUACAGUAUUUAUUUGUUCAUUUAUACAAGUCUCAUCUUGCAACGUCAAUAAUCUAUAGUUCAAAAAAUAGAUUUUAUAGAGGAUCAGAACAGAAGUCUUUAUAAUCCAGCGGAGCAUCGAGGACGGUUUCCUUCAUGUCUGUUGGAUGUUAAUGUAACUUCAGCUACUGUAAAAGCUUUUAGGACUAUCUGUUAAAACCAACUA